ACGUGACGGCCUCCGGCCAGCCAAUGGAUAAUCGCAACGCAGAAUUUCGAAUGUGGUGGCGGUAGCUGCGGGUUACAUGGCGGAGCGGGAGGCUGCAUCAACUCGCCCGGACGUGAGCGGCCGAGAUGCAUUUCACUAUGUAGCCCAAGCUUGAGUCUAUGAUCCACCUGCUUUAGACUUUUUAGUAGCUUGGAUUAUUCUACAACACCUGACUAUUAAUAUUUCUAAACUGAAAAAUCAAAAUUAUUGCUUUUUCUUGAAACAAAGAUGGUUAAGGAAAGGUGUCAGAAAAGGUCCUUUCAAGAUACUCUUGAAGACAUUAAGAAGCGAAUGAAAGAAAAAAGGAAUAAAAACUUGGCGGAGAUUGGCAAACGCAAGUCCUUUAUAGUUGCACCAUGCCAAGUACCCACUAACACUUCUACGCUGCUGAAAUAUUACCAAGAUAACAACAGGUUGUUAGUUUUGGCUUUGGAAAAUGAAAAAUCCAAAGUGAGAGAAGCACAGGAUAUCAUCCUACAGCUGAGAAGAGAAUGCUACUACCUUACAUGUCAGCUAUAUACACUGAAAGAGAAGCUAACUUCCCGACAAAGUGAAGAAACUGCUCAGAACUGGAAAGGACGUCCCUCAGAAGUGGUCUCCAGCAGUGACAAUACGACCAGGGACUUGUCUGUGAAGACCAUACAGCAAAUUGCUCUUGAAGAAACUGACUGUCCAUACCAAACCACAGAACCAAGUCCUACUGCUACUCCAGAGACACUAGGUUGCGAUUUUGAUUCAGAUAAAGUGGAGUCUACUGAUGAAAUCUUGCCUAGAACUGUAUCUUUCCGUCCCCCCUUAAGGAAAAAUGUUAGUAAUAGAAGUCACUCCACUGCUUUGGAGGGUUGUAAAGCCAGUCCAAGAGUGGGACAGCCCUUGGAAGUUAAAAGAAGUAUAUGUAAAGACCUAACCAUAACCCUGCACAGACUUGAAAAUGUAGAACAAAAUGUUUCUCUGUGGAACAAAGACCAAAUUAACUUAUGCUCUAGACUGAUUAACCCAGCAAAGAUUACUAAAACACAAGAAAUCAUUGUAUCAUCUAAACCUGAACAAAUAGAAAGUAAGCAUAAAUGUGCACAAAAAAGAACAGAGCAAAGAAGAACCAACCAGAGAUGCAAAUCAAAAUUCUCAUUGAGGAGUAAAGGCAACAAAGGCAAAGAUAAGCAGGCUUUACCCCCUCCUUCACUGGAGGGGUGUAUUGGUUCUAGUGAUGCUUACGAUUUCAAUAUAAAAGAGAGUGUUCACCACACCCCUUUCCGACAAAAAGUGAGCAUUGACUCCAAUAGAGAAACCAACAGCAGCAACUCAGAAGUCGCUGAAUGCAGUACCUCUGAGGAUGAGUCUGAUGACCUCUACCUGCCUCCUCACAAGCACUUGCAAGACUACACAGGGUCAGACAGACCAGUUACCAGGCCUCCGUCUAAAAGAGGACUUAAGUACCCAGAUGAAAACAAGAUGGAGGAGGUGCUGUCAUCUACAACUCCUACUGGUAACCCACCUGAGACUCAAGAGUCACCUCAUUGUAGCCUAAACGAUAUCACCAAUGUCCUGCAGCGUCCUAUAGUGAAAAUCAGGAAGCUUUCUCUGGCUCCAAAACGACAUGAAGACAGCCCAGCAGUGUCUCUGUCUAAACGCAGGUGUAGCGCCAUCACAAGCUAUAAAGAGCCAACACUCUCUUCGAAGCUAAGAAGAGGGGACCCUUUCACAGACUUGUGUUUCUUGAAUUCUCCUAUUUUCAAGCAGAAAAAAGGUAUGAGACGUCCUAAAGGAAGAACAAAGAAAACAUAACUCCUUUGAUUGGAUAUUAUUGAAGAUGGUUCUUCUCUUUUGCCUAAUAGAGUGUUAUGAGACAGUGCACAGUGAGCAGAACCAUCCCUUAUGCUCUGGGUCAGGAGGGUCCCUUGGACCUAUACUUUGUAUGGAUUACUACCAACAUCUAAAACUUCUCCAGCAUCUAUUUUUUCCUUAAGGAGGAGAAUUGCAGAGUAGAAAACUUACAUAGGAUGUAGAUCUUUCAUAAAUCCUUACCAGCACACUAAGACAUACCAUAAGUGGGUGAGGAACCCUUCCGUCAUAAUGAUUCUUCCUGUAAAAUGUGUAUCGAAUUGUGAUUAAGAGAAUUAAUGAAUUGAGUUCUGGAACAAGGUAACUGUUGUGAACUGUGAGUACAGUGCUAUUCCUCAGCAGAAUAAUAGCAUGUCGUGGACCUCUGGCUAGCCCUUUGUGUGAUCAGUCAACAGUGUAAAAGUGUGAAUAAAAGGGGCUUCUGGUUUUGAUCUAUGAACAAAAUGUAAGUAUCCAGUUCAGAAAA